CUCCUCCUCCUGCCAUUCUAGCCUCUUUCCCCCAGCUCCACCCGCUUUGUUCUCCAUCCCUCCCGACUCCUCCAUCUCCCUCUGCUGCAAGCAGCAACUUCUGCUCUUGCCCCUGCGAGGGCACCAGGCCGCAGAGCCGCUGGCCUGCCCAGGGUCCGUGCACAGCCCUUUGCAACUGACUCUGUGCCCUCCAGGACGAGUCCUGGGCCACGGAUCCCGGGCCCCAGCUGUGGAGGCUGAGCUGGGAUGCUGCUCUAGGGGCUGCCCAUGGUCCUCACCCUGCUCGUCUCCAUCUAUAAACUGUGCCGUUUUUUUGCCAUGUCCAGUUCGGAGAGGCUGUCGGUGCCUGAGAACAUGAGCCAUGCAUGCCUGUGGUCAGGGGUGGGAGCUGCCCACAACCAUCGAGAAGUGUCCCCUGGCGUGAGCAUGGAUGUCCAGGUGGCUCUGGAUCGGAUCCUCCCUGACCUGCACCUGGCCAUUUCCUCCCUGAAGCAGGCAGCCGACCCCCAGGAUCUCAGGAAGGGGAUUGCAGAGAUCUUCCAACUGGUGGAGGAAGCCUGGGUGAUGCCCACUCUGGGGAGAGAUGUGGCCAAAGCUCUGUGUGAUGUGAUUCGCCUGGAGGGGGGCCUGGACCUGCUGCUGAACCUGCUCCAGGCAACAGAGCUGGAAACCAAGUGCCAGGCAAGCAAACUCCUGGAGCAGAUCCUGGUGGCAGAAAACAGGGACCGGAUUGCCCGGAUCGGGCUGGGGGUGAUCCUGAAUCUGACCAAGGAGCGAGACAGCCCCCAGGUUGCACGCAGCCUCUCGGGGAUCCUGGAGCACAUGUUCAAACACACUGAGGAGACCUGUUUCCAGCUCAUUUCUGAUGGGGGCCUGGACACCAUCCUGUACUGGUGCCGCUGGACCGACCCCGUUGUGUUGCGCCACUGUGCCAUGGCCCUGGCCAACUGUGCCAUGUACGGCGGGCAAGCCAACCAGCGGCUGAUGAUCGAGAAGAACACAGCAGAGUGGCUCUUCCCACUGGUGUUCUCCAAAGAUGAUGAGCUGAUCCGCCUGCAUGCGUGCCUGGCCAUCACCGUGCUGGCCACCAACAAAGAGAUCGAGAAAGAGGUGGAGCGGUCGGGGACCCUGGCGCUGGUGGAGCCCUUCAUCGCCUCGCUGGACCCGGAGCAGUUUGCAUGCGACUUGCUGGACAGCAGUGACAACAGCCAGGGAAGGACAGCGAAGGACCUGCAGCACCUGGUGCCCUUGCUGGACAGCUCGCGGCUGGAGGCGCAGUGCAUCGCUCUCUUCUACCUGUGCAUAGAGGCUGCCAUCAAAGCCAGGCAGAAGAAAACCAAGAUUUUCAGUGAAAUAGGGGCUGCCCAGAGCCUGAAGAGGAUAGUGUGUUACUCCACCAACACCACGGCCUCAUCGCUGGCCAAGAAGGCUCUGCGCAUGAUGGGCGAGGAGGUGCCUCGACGGAUCCUGCCCACCGUCUCCAGCUGGAAACCCAUCGAGGUGCAGACGUGGCUGCAACAGACUGGAUUCAACAAAUACUGCCAGAGCUUCCUGGAGCAUGAGGUGGAUGGGGACUUGCUGCUGCGACUGACGGAGACAGAUCUGCGGGAAGAUCUGGGGAUGGCCUCUAGCAUCAUCCGGAAGAGGUUUUUCCGGGAGCUGACAGAGCUGAAGACAUAUGCAAAUUACUCCACCUGCGAUCGCAGUAACCUGGCUGACUGGCUGGGCAGCAUUGACCCCAAGUUCCGCCAGUACACGUACAACCUGGUGACUUGUGGCAUCGACCGCAACUUCCUGCACCGUGUGACGGAGGAGCAGCUGCAGGAGGACUGCUGCAUCGAUGUGGGCUUCCACCGCGUGCGCAUUCUCUCUGCCGCCAGGGAAAUGCUUCACUCUCCCCUGCCGUGCAGUGGCUGCAAAUCCACCUCCGAGGGGCCCGACGUGUUUAUCAGCUACCGACGGAGCACUGGCUCCCAGCUGGCCAGCCUGCUGAAGGUCCAUCUGCAGCUGCAUGGGUUCAGCGUGUUCAUAGAUGUGGAGAAGCUGGAGGCGGGGAAGUUUGAGGACAAGCUGAUCCAGAGCGUGAUGAGCGCCCGCAACUUCGUGCUGGUUCUCUCGCCAAACACGCUGGAUAAGUGCAUGGGGGACCCUGACCGCAAGGACUGGGUGCACAAGGAGAUCGUGACGGCCCUGAGCUGUGGGAAGAACAUCAUCCCAGUGGCUGACCAUUUUGAGUGGCCUGAUCCACAGGAUCUUCCUGAGGACAUGAGGGCUGUCCUGAAAUUUAACGGCAUCAAAUGGUCCCAUGAGUACCAGGAGGCCACAAUUGAGAAGAUUAUCCGCUUCCUCCAGGGCCGCUCAUCCCGAGAUUCUUCAGCUGGCUCAGAGAACAGCCUGGAGUGUGCAGCCCCUCUCGGGCAGACCUACAGCCAGGCAGCACCGCCCCAUAUCCUCUAGGGCAGUGUUGUUCAACCAGGGACCAGCUUGCUACUUUCCUAAUCUGCAUCAGGGAGAUCUCAAGGCAUGGCGCCGGUCCUCGGCCCAGCGGUUGAGAAACACGGUGCUGUGGAAUUCCCAGAAGAGCUCUCCCCAAGUGGGGUUAAAUCCUUCCUGUUAGAGCUUCCUGCUUCCAGGGCUGUCCCCUGGGCCCAUCCCCGAGGGACCUGGCCCACUUCCCUGGCUCAGUCAGUGCAAGAGGAAGGGCCCUUGGCUGGGGCAGCAGCCAAAUAUAAACUCUCUAAUUACCCUCCCAUCCUAGAAUUCAGCCCCAGCACUGAAAGGGAAGUUCUCCCCUUGAGAGCAAUGACCGCUUCCCAUCUGCCUCCUACAGCCCGUCCCAAUGCUCAGGGGCAGGGAGACAGCUGUUCCCCUUCUCUCCCCAGUGACCUGUCUGUGACUUUUACUAAAAACACCCAUGAGCUGUGUAUUCACAAGGGGCAGCAGCUCAGGGAUGAGUGGCACCACAAAGUGCCAAUGGGCAAGAAAAGCCAAAUGAAAGCAAAGCCCUGGAGCAAUCCCCUUGUUUUAUGUCAGGUCCUUACAACCUGCCUGGGUGGAGACCUCCCCUCCCAGCAUCCCAAACAGCAGCUCCCUCUCCCUCCUCCUGGCCUCUCACCACAUGGUGCCGUCACCAUCAGGCUUGGGGAGCCUUCUGCUUCUAGCUCAGGUAGAAAUCUUUCCUGGAGGCCUUCGCAAAGUGCAUCUUGUUUUUAUCACCUGACUUCUCAGUUCUUGCCCCUCGGGCGCCGUUGUAAAGGUGCUGUCAGGCCCAUGUGUGCAGGGCAGUGGAGCGUGCUGCUGGGUGGGGCGAGGAAGGACGUUAGCUGCUGUAUUGUACCUGUGGGAUCAUUAUACACCGGCAAGGCACUGGGCUGUGGCUGGGCUUUAUUCCUGCCGUCUCUGGUCUUCAUUCCAGAUUUGUCAUGGCACCUGCUCCUUUCAGAGGGAGUUUGCUGACGUGUAGCCCAACAGGUCUGAGUGAGCUUCCCUCUGAGCUCAGGG